CCCUUUAGAAAUGCCAUUGAGCUUCGGUGCGCCGAGGAUUUGUUGUCAUCUCCUUUCCCUCCAAAUUUAGUUUUUCUUCGAGUUUAGCUAAGUCAAAGUGACCGCAACAGCAGCCCAAGUAUGGUAACUAAUUGUUGACCACAACAACCAACGCACAGGAGAUGUCGAAUUAUUUUGGACAGACGACACCGUUUUUGCACUCAUACCAAACGAAGCCAAGUCCGACGGGCAGCACAUUUGAAACGGACGUCAAGUUUGAAAUGCAAUUUGAUGUGGACAACAUUCCCUCGACGAGCAACCAAGAAUUCCUCACGAAUUUCCCGCUGUCGCCCGUUUCAAGUUACAGCACUGCCGAUAGCAUUUCACCGGUGCAACAGCAGCAGCAGCAACCACAAAUGCAACAGCAAUUGCCACAACAGCAGCAGCAAAUGUAUCUGGGGAGCAGUCCAAGUCCAUCGUUUGGCUCCGAGAUGAAGUAUGAAGUGCCGCAAAUGCAAAUCGAUAGCAUUCCCACGACGUGCGUCCAAAAUAUUUGCACGGAUUUUUCAAUGUCGCCCGGAUCCAGUUACAGCACAACCGAUGGCAUUGCCCCCAUGAUGACGGUGCAACAACAACAACAGCAAUUCCAACAGCAACAACAACAGCUGCCAUUGCAAAACUGUCCCAACGAGCUGGAGAUGACGAAUGCUCUCAAUCACAUGACCAUGCAGGACAAUUCGUAUCCAUCCAAGAUGAUGCAGUUGUCCAAUCAAGUGCAUUCCAAAACCAGCUUCAACGGUGGCAGCUUCAUAGCCACGAAUUCGCAUGAUGUGCAAAUGAAUAACAACAACAAUGCCUUCAGUCCCAACAUGAACACCACAAACUUGUCUUUUUCACCACAGAAUUGUAUGCCAUAUGAAUUGAAUCCACAGCAAUCGCAGUCUCCUUCGCAGUUCCAACAAGUUCAAUAUCAGCAACAACAACAGCAGCAACUGAUGCAGCAAUCCCAGCAACAGCAGCAAUUACAGCAACAACAGCUGCAGCAACAUCAACAGCAACUUGCACAGCAACAACAGCAGCAUCAACAACAGCAACAACAACAGCAACUUGUGCAGCAGGAGGCUUUGGAUUUCCUUGGCGACUUGGGCUUUGAUAAUACCAACAUCACAGAAAGUGCAGAGAUACGUUAUAUUAAUGAUUUACAAAAAACAAUUGCUACUCUCGACAGCCAAUCGCCAACAUAAUGUGAUUACUUUAAAGGCAGAAGGAAUUGAAGAAGCCCAUAAAGUGUGUAUAUGAGCAUAUGAUCAGCGUUCACAGCAGAGACGAUAUAGACUGUCGAUCUACUUAUUAUGAACAACUCGAUCUCAGAGACUAUGAAAGCUAGCUGCUUAAUAUUUAAGCUACAGCUUAGUUGUUGUAAAGAACAAUGAAAAUUUAACUACGAUCGAACAAUAAACUUGAAAGUUAACAUGGAGAAACAUUUACAAACCCAAAAAUAUUAGAUAUUUCCGAAGAUAACAGACUUUGAUUUAAAAACGCGAUUGUACAAAUAAUUUUCACGUUUAGUUCUUGUUGUACGAACAGAGUAACUUGUUUUUUAAUUUAGAUCAUAGACUAUGUAUGUAUAUAAAGUAUGUUUUGUAUGUAAUUUAAGAGGCGAUUUUUUUGUUCUUUUGGCCAAUUAGUGGAGAGUGGCAAAUAGCUCGAAUCCCAUCAAAUAAAGUGAAAUUUGCAAAUCUUUUUUUUUGAAAUAUAAUAAACAAAAAACUUGAUCAAAAAAGAACAUUGCUGUAAAUAUUGUUGAAUUGUUUUUAUGUACUGUUUGCGAAGAGAAACUUUCCUUCCAAAUUUUGAUGAUACGAUGAAUGUAUAUAAAUAUGUUUUUAUAUGUAAUUAAUGAGGCCUUUGCUUCUUUUGGCUAAUUAGUUGUUAGGUUUGUAGCAAGUAACUCGGAAUCUCAUCUAAUAUUAUUGUACACUUCAACUGUAUUUGAUUUUUUGUUAACAUUCAAUAAAUGAAAUCCAAUUCUUCUUCUCGUGAUAAAUUUUGGGAAUGUGUGUAAAACAUAAGAAUACGAAUACGAAUAAUAAUAAUACUGUGUUUAA